GGGGCACGGCCGGGGGCCCCAUCCUGGAGAGGUUUUGGGGUGGGAGGCGGCCGGGGACCCGGAGCCGCGAUGGAGCUCCGAGCUGCGGUACCGCAUGAGCUGCGCGUCCGGAAGAGGCUCGGGGAUGCCGAGCAGUGACGUGAGCCACGUUGGUGAUGAGGAGACCCCCGGCUGCUGCGGUGCCAUGGGGUGGCACAAGUGACAGGGACAGCACAGGACACCAUGGGCAGCUCCUCGCCCUGGCUGCGCUGGACGCAAUCGGAGCUGGGCAGCCAGGAGCCCAAGUGCUGGGAGGAGGAGGAGGAGGAGGACGACGAGGAGGAAGACUUUGAGAGGCACAUGGAUGAGAACGGUGUCAUUGGGCUGGGGGCUGCCGCUGCAGAGCUCAGCGACCCACAGGACUCAGGCUCUGAGUGGGGACAGGAGGCGGCUGGGAGCCCAAUAUGGGGGGACGGCGAGGACCUGGAUGUGGGGUCCCCGGCAGAGCCAUGCUGGUAUGCACAGCAGGACCUGACAGAGGAGGAGGAGGAGGAGGAAGAAGAGCAGGGCAGCUCUGAGGAGGACGAGAGGCCAGAGGGACCCUGGGGAACAGAGAGCGAUGGGGACCCCCAUGCUGAGACCCCCCUGAAAGCCCCGGGUACCACCACGGAUGGCGGCGGCACCUCGGGGCCUUCAGACUCCAGUCCCGUCCCCACCACCCCCCCACGCCAGCGCCGGGGCUGGGGCAGAGCCAGAGACCCCAACCAGAGCCCCCAAACCCCGCAGCAGCCCAAACCCAGCUGGCUGUCCCCGAGCCCCCGCCGUCGCACCGACACCAAAAAGCCAAAGGAUCCCACAGACAUCUGCCCAUACGGCCGAGGGCGGCUCAACCACCCCCUGCCCGACCUCUCCAAGGUGGAAGCACGGGUGAAGGUGGGGCAGAGCUACCGCCCCCCACCCAGCCGGGCCCUGCCUGCCCGCUCCAGGCCCCAUGGAGGUCCCCUUGUCCCCAAAUCCCCUGCUGAAAUCGUCCGGGAGGUGCUGCUGAGCAGUGGGGAGGGGGCCCCACCGCGGCCCUCUGCCCCCCCCGGAGUGCCACAGGAGCUCCGCUCCCCCAGGCAGGCCACCGCGCUGGUGCAGCAACUGCAGGACGACUACCACAAGCUGCUGACCAAGUAUGCCGAGGCCGAAAACACCAUUGACCAGCUGAGGCUGGGGGCCAAGGUGAACCUGUACGCCGACCCGCCGUGUGCCAGCCGCAGCGCCCACGCCGGCACCAUGAGUGGUGGCUGCAGGGUGAUGGCCUUCAGCAUCCCACGGGCCAGCGCUGCAGCCAUCAGCACAGCCCCAAACCCGCAGCUCCCCGUGGGUGGAGCUCCAGCGCCACAACCAGCAGAGCACGGCAGGGCAUCAUCACAGCCCUGCUCGCCUCGCUCCCCCCUGGGGGGCUGCCCCACAUGUGUGGGGCCGUGCUGCUGUGCAGGGCCACGGCUCACACAGACGCUGGCAGAGCAGACCCGCAAGUUUCAAGCGCAGGUGGAUUCCUUUGAAGCCUGGAUCCGGGCAGGGAGCUCUGUGCCACAGGAGCAGCUCCAGUGGUUCCAGAGGCUGCGGGAUACACAGGAUGCACUGGAGAGGGCGUAUCUGGAGGCACGGGAGGAGCAGAGCCUUGGGGACACAGGGAACUUCGACCCGGAGCGCACAGUGGAAGGGGACAUCUUCUGCCUGGGGAUGCGCCUGGAGGAGCUGAAGGAGCGCCUGGAGCGGGCGGCACCAGGGAGCCCUGCGGUGACAGAGGGUCUCCCCGGCACAGGGGAGACAGUGGGGGACAGUGGGGCAGUGGGGCUGCCCCGACCCCUACGGCACAAGCAGCUCCAAGCAGAGGAGGACUUUGGGGAUCUGCUGCAGCAGUACCAGCGCCUCAAGUCGCUGCCGGCAUCACUGAGCCUGGAGCAGCUGAGCCUGACGGGGAGCGCAGCACUGGAGGAGGCGGGUGGCACCGCGGCGGGGGACAACGGCCCCGGGGGGGUCCUCAGUGGGGCACAGUCACUGGAGGAGGGCACCGACCUCGAGACCUCCCCCUCCCCCCCCCCGCAGAGGAAAGCAGUGCCGCUGCCCCACGCUGAGCCCCCACACCCGCAGGGGACCCACGGCCGCCUGUCCCCUGUCACCACCUCGCUGCCACCAACCACCUCCAGGCUUCCGCUGGCGUUCCCUGAGCCUUUGCCAUCACGCGCAGCCCCAUCCCGCCACAGCAGUGGGGCAGGGAGCACAGCCACUCAGCGCCGUGCCCUUAAGCCCUGCCACCAGGAGCAGCGCAUGGUGUCUCCGGAGACAGACAGUGGCUUCAUUGGCUCGGAGAGCAGCCGGGUGUCCCUGUUGGCACGCACCCCUGAGCGUCGGCCACUGGGCUCUGGGAUGCGUGGCGUGCUGGAACCCCCCGUCCCCGCUCCCGUCCAUCCGCAGAAGAAGGAAGCUCCAUUGCUGCCCCCCAGGAAGGCGCUGAGGGGUCCCUACCCAACCCCUGGGCACGGCCCCCCCCCAGGCAACAGCGUGCCCCCCAGCACCCCCUCGCCAAGCAGCUCCCCAGUGCGCUGGGCUGGCAGCCAGGGCAGUGAGCUGGGACCUGAGGGUGAUGGUGGUCACUCUGACUCAGAAGGAGGAGACAGGAGCUGCACCAGUGGGCACCCCCCCAGUGGGACACCCGCCUCGCCAUCCCCAGCUCUGGUUCACUGCGACCUGCUGGGGUCCCGUAUGGAGCGAGACCGGGCCAUCCGUGCGCUGCAGGACGAGGUGUGGCGACUGCGCCUGCGGCUGGAGGAGAGCCUGCACCGGUCCCACAGCUACCCCGAGGGGAGAGCCCCCCACACCCCCAAGGGCAGGAGGCAGCCGGCGGCCAGCAGAGCUUCAUUCCUCCAGGACUCAGCACCUGUGGGGGAGCACAGCCCCACCGCACGGGGCAGGGCGACCGCGGGCGGCUCCAGGGGCAGAUGGGCAUCGCUGCCACGGGAUGGGACACCGCCGGACCUCACCUCCCGGUCGGACCGCUCGCCGCGUGCGCGCGGUGACAGCCGUCCCGGAGCCGCUCCGUCCGCGCACAAACGCCCUCGCAGCCCUCCCGGUGCGGCGUCACUGCGGGGACAGCAGGCAGCUGAGCGCCGGGAACCCGAGCCCGUGGGUACCGCACACGGCCGCGCCGACACCGCGUCCGCGGGGGCGCAGCACCGCGUGGCACCGCCCCGUGGGGAGCCGAGCGCCGCGCCGUGCCCCCGCUGCCACCCCGACAGGACGGCGGCGGGUGCCCCAUCAGUCGAUGCCACGCGGCCGCAGCACAGCAGCACCCCCCGGAGCCCCGAGCGCUGCCCCACGUGCCGGGCACCCCGCGGUGACGCGGACAGAGCCGCGCACGCGCAACGCAGCACCGACGGCGCCACCCCGCCGGAGCCCCGCGGCCGUCCGCAGGCCGUGCAGCCGGAGCAGCCCGCAGGGUGUUGGUACCUGGCGGGGGGGCCUCCCGUCGCCUACCUCGCCCCCGUCCCCGUGGUGCCUUACGCGCCCUCACUGCUGUACCGCCCCCCAGCCGCACCUACCUCAGCCCCACACCACUCCCGGUCCCCACCGCUCUCAGACCUGGAGGAGGACCUGGACCGCUCCCUGAGCGCAGCAGUGGCAGCAGCGCGCCGUGCCCGCGUCACCUCGCGGCGGCUGGGCCGUGUGCUGGCAGCAGAGCUGGGCCGGGCGCGGGCAGUGCGGGGCUCCUGCCUCUUCUAAGCAGGAUGCUGAGCGUGCCCCCCCCUCGCUGCCCAUCCCAUCCAUGCUGUGGGACCAAGCUGGGCCUGUCCUGCGCCUCCCACGUUUCUGUAGGUCCAACCAAAACACCACUGUUUACCUCAGUGCCAUGCUGGCACAGAAGGAGCCAUUUCCGCAGCCCAUCUCUUGAUGCUUUCACUGUUCCGGUGAUUUUUAGGGUUUUUCGGUACGCUGCCCCCCACCCCCCCACCCCCACCCCCACACACAUCCCUCCUCCAGCUCCAGCCAGAGCCCGACCCCAUGGAUUGGGGCUGAGGUUGGGGUUUGGGUGCUGUCCCUGCGCCCUGCUCUGCCCCAGGACCACUCUCUGCACUUCUAUGUGGAUUUUUCCCCAGGGUACCGCUGUCAGAGGGUUGGUUGACCAUACAUCACAUGUGUGUGUGUAUCUAUAUAUAGGCACAUACACGUGGUUUGUUUUACAUUUCCAGCACAACCCUCAGGGCAGCUGAGGUUUUCCCCAUAACUUAGUGCUGCACGGCCCUGCAAUGUGCGUAGGGUGAGGUUGGAAGGCUGCAAUGAGGGGGGAUGUGGGGUCCCUCCCUGCACAUGGCUUCCCAGGAGGGGGUCUGGGCAGAAGAAGAAGAGACUGGUAGUGUUCCCUUUGGGAUUCCCAAAGAAACUGGGAGUUUCCUUUGGGAUACUCAAAGAAAUGGGAAUUUUCUUUGGGAUUCCCAAAGAAACUGCAGGGUUUUCUUUAGGAUUCCCAAAAGCAAUGCAAGUUUUCCUUGGGAUCCCCAAAGAAAUCGGUACUUUUCUUUGGGAUUCCCGGAAGCAAUGUGAUUUUUCUUUGGGAUUCCCAAAGAAAUGGGUGUUUUCUUUGGGAUCCUCAAAAGCAAUGUGAUUUUAAUUUGGGAUUCCCAAAGAAAUUGGCAUUACCUUUGCGAGUCCCAAAAGCCCUUCUGUUGUUUUUUUUUUUUUUUUCCUUUGGAAUCCCAAAGAAAACACCCAUUUCUUUGGGAAUACCAAAUCAAUAUGACUUUCCUUUAGGCUGGUAGAGUAAAACCAGCCCUGUGAGCCCCAGGCAGGGGCAGAUCCAACCCUGUGGUGGUGCCCAGCACUCCUAUACCCCCCACUUUAUAAUAAAGGAAUGCCUAUUUUUGUAGCAGAACUGCUGUUGCACACCCAUGGGGGGCCCCCAUCCCCACGCUGGGUUGGCCAGAACCCCCCCUCCUGCCCCCAGCAUCCUCUUAGCACCACACUUCCUUAGCAGAGCUGUCCCUGUGUUUGUGUAGGUCCUACCUGAAGUGCCCACAUCCAACUUGUUUACUGUCAGACUUUUUCAUACAAUAACUUAUUCUGGGGGGGGGGGUGAGGGGUCCUAAUUAAGACCACCCCCCCAAAGCACUCACACUGAGCCCAAGGGGGGAAGCGGGGAUGCCCGAUGAAGCACAGGGGAGGAGCAAAAACGAUGCUCUCCUCUUUUAUAACCACCACCCCCCCCUCUUUUGUACCCAGAGAACUGCCUAUUUUUUAACACCACAAUAAACGGGGUUGCUUUGC